AUGUAAAAGAAUUUGGUUCUGAUUUUGGUAAAGAAUCUAGUAAAGGUAGCAUUCAAGAACUCAAUGAAAAUGAAGAGAUAGAAAUUCAAAUAAUUAUUGAAAAUAUGGAUGAGAACUGGAAUUGGGAAGCAGCUGCAAAUAGAUAUAUUGACAACUAG